UGCACAUGUGCAUCGACUACCGAGCUCUCAACAAGCAGACCAUCAAGAACAAAUACCCAAUUCCACAAAUCGAUGACCUGCUUGACCAGCUUCGGGGAGCCACGGUAUUUUCCAAACUAGAUCUGCGGUCCGGAUACUGGCAGAUAAGAAUGGCGGACGAUUCCGUUCACAAAACUGCUUUCCGAACUCGGUACGGAUCGUACAAGUAUCUGGUGAUGCCGUUCGGACUCACCAACGCACCUGCAACGUUCCAAGCAGAAAUGAAUCAUAUCCUACGCCCACUCUUGGACGAAUGCGUGGUGGUGUACGUGGACAACAUCCUCGUCUACUCGCGCAAUAUGCAACAACACGUCGAGCACCUACGACGCGUCUUCGAGAUUCUUCGACGAGAACGCAUCUAUGUCAAACUAUCCAAGAGCGACUUCGCCCUCGAGAAGGUCCAAUUCCUCGGACAUAUCAUAAGCGCUUGAGGAGUUGUUUGCUAUAGCCUCUUCC